UGUAAAAUGGGGGAAAAAAACAUUUAACAAAUGUUUCACUUAGCACCAAAAGUUUUGGCCUCCAUUUGUGGUCGUUAGUCGCGGACUACCUGCUUUGCGUAGCCUUUGGUACCCUGGUACGCCCACAAACUCAGGGACAUUGCUGGGAAGGGUUAAUGCAAUAGAGUUGUAGAGCCUUAGAGAGGCGCAAGCUUGAAAAUUCCGUUCUGUCUUGCCUGGCCUGGGAAUCAUUUUGUAAGUUAUUUUGUAAGUGGGGAGAGAUUAGUGAAUUUGCAAACCUUUAAGGAGUGCCAUGCAAAAAAAAAAAAAAAAAAAUUGGUCCUUUUAAAAAAGCCGCAUGGAGGAAGGGCUACGGCGGUGGGCCAGAUAAUGUUUUCAAAGGCCUUUUUAUUGCCAUCUCCUAUAAGAAACCUGGGUGAAAGGAGAUGCUUUACUUAGUACUUUCCCUUCUCCGUGGAAAGCUCUUGUGCCAUUUUCAAGAAGGUGGAAGAUGCUGAUUUGUUGAUCGGCGAAUACGUUUCAUUGAAUGCGUCAAAUCUGUUGCAUAAUGCUGCAGUAGCCUUCGAGGGAUGCUGCUAAUAAAGACAACAAUAGAACAGGCCAGUCCUCGAAGGAGAAAAUGUUUACUGUGCAAGAGGUAGAGGUGUCCGAGUUUCUGCUACAUCAUAAUAUGGAUCCUGAAAUGAAAACGGAAGAACAGGACUCCAUUGACCCCAAAGCAGGAAAGGAAAGAACACAUUUUCUAAACAUUGGAAAAAGCAAGGAAGAACCAAGGCAUAAUGUGAAAGCAGAGCUAGAGGAAAAUCCAUCAAAGAACUGGGAUGCCCAGUUGCAAGAGUUUCUGAAGACACUGGAGGAUCCCCAGGGAAGAAGGGAAGUUCCACAGUGCCUUGAGCCAAAGCUCUGGACCGGUCCUAAAUUAUCUUGGAUGUCCUCCCAAGGAGGGAUGGAUACCAGCAAAUGGUUGAAAGAAAUGUGGAUUUCCGAGGCUCAUCGUUUUGGGACAACCCAAGAGGAUUGGGACACCUUUCUGGACGUUGCCCAUGGUGGGAAGGAGAAGAUUGGAGAACUGGCUGAAGAAGCCAUCAGGGCAGAGACAAGAUGCCAUCGCUUUUGGACCCUGAGCUACAAAGAGGCCAAGGGACCUCAAGAUUUUUGCCAGCAGCUUCAAGAGCUUUGUCACAAGUGGUUGAAACCAGAGAAACACACCAAGGAGCAGAUCCUAGACUUAGUGACCUUGGAGCAGUUUCUGUCUGCCUUGCCUCUGGAUAUACAAAAUUGGCUCAGGAGAAAUGGCCCAGAAACUUGUUUUCAUGCAGUGUCCUUGGCAGAGGAGUUCCUCUUGAAGAGAGAGGAGACCCAGACAUGGGAACAGCAGGUGAUAGAGAUAUCGGAAGAAGAAGAAGACAUUGUAAAAGCCUCCAAGUCAAGCCAGCUUCCAUCAGAACCACCAAAGGACGAAGAUUUUGGAAUGGUUAAACCAAAAUGUGACAGCAGCAAAAACCGGACACGUCUUGAGUGGCUGAAUGAAGAUGGUGAACCAAAGUUGAAGAAUUCUGAAAAAAGGAAGCCUCUGAGGAUGUUCUUGAAAGCUGCCAUCAAAACUGAUUUGCUGGCUUUCAAAGAGAACGAUGGAAACCGCGACCCAGCAACGAAGCAGAAUGGAAGUGAUGUUGGAAAGGGAGUGGGUCAGUUAGUUCAGCCCCAAAGUGUUUGCCCAGGGCUCAGUGAUCCUGCUGUUCAAGAGGAAAAUGAGAUAAAUAAUAACAGGAGUCAAAGCUUGAAGAUAAUGAGAGCUGAAAGCCCUGAUUCAGAAGAGAAGUCGUUCCACUGUUGGCAUUGUGGCCAAAGCUUCAGAAACAGUUCACACCUGGUGACCCACGAAAGGACUCACGUUGGCGAGAAACUGUACAAAUGCUCCCACUGUGGAGAAAGUGAGAGGACCCACACAGGUCAGAGGCCCCACAAAUGUUCUCACUGUGGGUGUAUUUUUGGCUAUCACGCUCGCAAGAGGAUCUCCAUGGGGGAGAAGCCCUAUGUGUGUUCUGACUGUGGGAAAAGUUAUAGUCAGAAAUCUGAUCUUUUAAAACACCAGAGAACCCACACAGGCGAGAAACCUUACAAAUGUUCUGCCUGUGGCAAAACUUUACGAAAUGGGUCAAGUCUCAAAGCGCACCAGAGAAUCCACACUGGUGAGAAACCGUACAAGUGUUUGUACUGUGGGAAGUGUUUCAUCUGGAGUUCGCAAUUCCGGUUGCACGAGAGAAUUCACACAACUGUAUGCUCCCACUGCGGAAAAAGUUUUGGUCGGAAAUCGGAGCUGGUGGAACACGAGAAGACUCAUCUAGUGGAAGAUUCGUUGGUGUGUUUUGCCUGCGGGAAAGUCUUUGAACUCAGCUUUGAGCUCAUGGCACACGUGCAGACUCACAAAAAGAAGCCGUUUGAGUGCUUGGCCUGCGGGAAAACUUUUAUGAACAGUUUGCAACGCGCUGCGCAUCAGAAGGUCCACACAGGAGAGAAGCUGCAUAAGUGUUCCCAUUGUGGGAAAAGCUUUAGUCGGAGACAGAACCUGAAAGCUCAUGAGAGAAUCCACACUGGAGAAAAGCCACACAUGCGCUUAGUGUGUGGGAAAAACUUCCGGAACACCCCGAAUCUCAAAUCCCACGAGAGGACUCACAUGGGAGAGAAACCGUACCGUUGCUCCCAUUGUGAUAAAAGUUUCCGGUGGAGUUCACAACUCCUGUUGCAUAAGACGAUUCACACAGGAGAGAAACCCUACCCAUGUUCUGAUUGCGGGAAAACAUUUGACAGGAAGUCCAAGCUUCUGAGGCACGUGAGAAUCCACACAGGGCAGAGGCCUUAUGUGUGUUCGGACUGUGGGAAAAGUUUCAUCUCCAGCUCAGUCCUUUUGCGACAUCAGAAAGUCCACGUGGGAGAAGAUGUUGCAAAGUGCUUAGAAUGCGGGAAAGAUUUCGGACAGCGUGGGGACCAGGCAGAAAAGAUGUCAAAAUGUCCUGGGUGCAUCCAGGGACCAUCCCUGAGUUUGGAUCUUGAACGUGGACAAAUGCAGCCGAAAGAGAAGACAUUUGAAUGCUCGCUCUGCAGAAAAACUUUCAAAAACAGCUCUUACCUUAUGUUUCAUCAGAGUGUCCAUACCAAGGUUCGACCAAGACAGUGCCUGGAGUGUGGGCGAGACAUAAUCAGGAGGCCUAACCUCAUUGCCCCUUUGAAAAAUCUCUCUGGGCAAACCCCACAGAAAUGCUCAGAAUGUGAAAAACUGUUGAACUAGAUCUUGGAGGAAAAUGUUGACCUCAAUCUACUUCUCUACUCAUCUCCUUCAUCUACUCAUCUCCUAAACAUUAUACUUUUUGUCCCUUGUGUCAGAAGAUAUUUAUGGGGGCUGUUUGUACGUCAGUCGAAAAAAGUCCGGACAGCCAUGGCCAUAGUGACUGUUUGACGCUACAGCCUACCUGAAGAUGAUCAGAAAUUUGUACCCCACCAUGAUCACAUGACUGUACUUUGGAGGUUAGGCAACAAGGACAGAUUUGCAGCGAUUUGCUGUGUCCUGUGGUCAUGUGACUGUUUUACAAUGGUUUUGUCGGAAACUGGCACUUCUGGUUUUCACCAAAACUGCAUUUAUAAUUAUAUUCACACUUAUGACUGUUGUGUCUGCUUUAACAACCGGCGUUCACACCAUCACUGAAUGACUGCCACACAUUAUUUAAAAAAAAAACCCAAACCAUUAUUAUUUAAGCAGUAUUUGCUUAAAAACUGCGGCAUUUGCUUAACAACCAACACAAAAAAUGUCAUAAGACCUGGUCUGGUCAUGUGGUGACCUGAUUAACAGCCACAGUAACUUAUCAUCAUAAUUCAAGGCUUAAUUACAAUCAUAAGUUGAGCACUGCCUAUAGUCAUUGGUUCUAAUUCUUUGGUUUUAUUCUUUGGUUUUAUUAUUUAAGAAAAUCAAUGACUUGAUUUUCUUCAGAUUUUUCACAUUUCAUUUUCUCUCUGUUGAACUUUGUUUUCUUUCCACUUUUUUCUUAAUGCUUUUUUAAUUAAUCAGCUUGGUUUAUCUGCUGGUCUGUUUCUGAAGACUCCAAACAGCUUAUUUUGGUUUCUGCAGCUUGAUGGUUUUCCUUCCUGUGCCAGUUUCAACUCAGUUGCUGAGUUGUCACCUUUCACAGCUUUUGUGUGGUCUCUUUGAUCAUAGUUCUAUAAAGUUCUAUAGGAGCCUGAGUGGCGUAGGAGGCUAAUGCUACUAAGGCAGCAUUUAACAUCCAGCUGCCUGCAAUUACUGCAAGUUCAAUUCUCACCAGGUUCAAGGUCGAUUCAGCCUUCCAUCCUUUCUAAGGUAGGUAAAUUGAGGACCCAGUUGUGGGGGCAAUAAACUGACUUUGUAAAAAUAUACAAAAGUAUGAAGGCUAUUGCUUAACGCACUGUAAGCCGCCCUGAGUCUCCGGAGAAGGGCGGCAUAUAAAUCAAAAUAAAAUUUAAAAAAAAUAAAAAUCCAUAGAAGACAAGCGUAUUUAUAAUUACAUGAACAAAGGGAUCUUCACAAAAGAUGUAGCUAAGGCUAUUUGAUAUCCAAGCCUAUAAAAGCAUUGGAAUUUUAUUCCCGUAUUAUUGCUUUCUCUGUUUUUUAAAGACAAGAUUAAAGUUCGUUGCUGUUUUCAUUUUUCUUUUGUGAAAACAACUA